CCGGAGCGGGACUUCGGGACACCUGGAGUCUCGAUGGCAGCGUGGGUCUGAUGUGAUUGGCGUUCCUGGUUAAGACCAGGGGCGUGGAGCAGCCUUCUGCCCCAGGGGGGUCGUGUCCUUAAGAAAUCCCACCUCAUCGGGAGCCUCUGCUGUUUUAAAAACAGCGGAACCCCAGGGCUGGACUGUGUUGCAGGGUGAUGUCAUAAAGGGCCGAACUGUGAGACGCGCUGACUGUGUCUUGUUUGUCACGUUACCCGAGUCGGGAUAAGUAGUCCCCCUUAGCUCCAUGUCCCGCCCGGCGUUAAGAGGCAGAGGGGUCCCCGGUCCGGUGCCCCUGCGCUCACUCUGCGCCCGCGGCUGUCCUCCCCCCCCACAGGGCCGGGUCGGGAGCCGAGCGUGCUGUGGCCAGUGGACCAUGUCCGGCUCGUCGGGGCAGAAGAAAGGGCCCGCGCGCCUGCGGAAAUGUGCCUUCUGCAAGACCAACAAGGACAAGGAGUGCGGCCAGCUGCUGGUGGCCGACGGCCAGAAGGUGGCGGCGCAUCACAAGUGCAUGCUCUUCUCCUCGGCCCUGGUGUCGUCCCACUCGGACAGCGAGAACAUCGGGGGCUUCUCCAUCGAGGACGUGAAGAAGGAGAUCAAGAGGGGGAACAAGCUGAUGUGCUCUUCCUGCCACCGGCCCGGCGCCACCAUCGGCUGCGACGUGAAGACGUGCCGCAGGACCUACCACUACUACUGCGCCCUGUGGGACAAGGCCCAGAUCAAGGAGAACCCCUCCCAGGGCAUCUACCUGGUGUACUGCCGCAAGCACCGGGAUGCUUCGCAAGACUCCAGCGAAGAUGAGCUAGAGGGUGUGGCCAACGACUCAGACUCCUCCCCUCCCCGGGGGAGGGGGCGGGGGCGGUUGGAGAAGGGGCGGGUCAAAGCCAGCUCACGGGGCCAAUCGGAGGACACGCGCUCGACCUCCUCGCAUGGCACGGACGACGUGGAGAUCGCGUCGCAUCGGGACCGGUCCCCUCUGCGAGGCAGCCCCAGCGACACCGGCCCGCGAUGCGGCUUCUGCCACGCGGGGGAGGAGGAGAACGAGACCCGGGGCAAGCUGCACGCCUCCAACGCCAAGAAGGUCGCCGCCCAUUACAAGUGCAUGCUGUUCUCCUCCGGGACAGUGCAGCUCACCACCACCUCCCGGGCGGAGUUCGGCAACUUCGACAUCAAGACCGUCAUCCAGGAGAUCAAGAGAGGGAAGAGGAUGAAAUGCACCCUGUGCGGCCAGCUGGGAGCCACCAUUGGCUGCGAGAUCAAGGCCUGCGUGAAGACUUACCACUACCACUGCGGCCUGAAGGACAAAGCCAAGUACAUCGAAAACAUGGCCAGGGGCAUCUACAAGCUGUACUGCAAGAACCACAGCGGUAACGAGGAGCGGGACGAGGAGGACGAGGAGCGCGAGAGCCGCAGUCGAGAGAAGGCCGGCAUCGACCACGGCGGCACCCAAGCGCCCCCGCCGCCCCCACCGCCGCCGCAGCUCAACGGCAACUAGAUGGAUGUGUUGCGAGACGGCGAUCGAAGACAAAGAAAUGUACAUAUUUUUGUAUUAAGUUCCACUAGUAAAAUACGGGGUGGCCCAGCAAUUUCGAUCUGUUGUUUGGUUUCCCGUGUGCCUCCUAACAGCUCUGCCCUCCUCCAGACCCACACGCACGCACACCAUCUCUGGCCUUCUGAAUUACCCAUCAGCUCCUGCAUCGUUUCCGGGAGGGUUCGGAGUUCACGCGGGGCGAGGCCGAGAGGUCCAGUCCGCAGAGGAAAACGAGGACAUGAAUUUUGCAACAUGAACUGACAGGACUUAUGGGCGAUUCACCGUAAUGGAUGUGAUAUUUUUGUAGAAGACUGGAUAUAAUCAAAAGUUGUUUUUUUUUUUACUUGCCUGUGCUGAACCCCCACACUUUCAUUUUUUUAAUAUACCUUGAGGGGAGAGAAGAACCAGCAACAGUGCUCUUUCUUCACGGUCAGCUUACGGAGGCUGCCUCUUCUCGUUUCACACCAUAAAAUCAAGUAUAUCUCCUGCUCUGCUCUCUUAAAGUGACAUUUCUCUCUCUCUCUCUCUUUCGUGUUUUUUUUUGGCUUCCUUUUCAAAUUUGUGUAUUAUAUUUUAUUACUUUAUUAUUGUAAAGAUCCGUGACUUUCUUUGUAUCCAGAGUCUGGAUUAAAAGUCUUCUGGUAGCAUGA